GUAAUAUAGUGAAAGCCCACACGGUUUCCCAUCAGAGCCCAGCCCUCAGUCACAUGGUUCACUGGGUUUUUCACCCAGAGACUGGAGGCAGGAGAGGAGGACACACGGCAGGAUUGGACCGAGCUAGAGAGGAGAGAGGAGGGGAGGAGGCCAAACUGAGGCAUAAACAUCGGUCUGAUUCAUUUGGAAAGGUUUGACCAAGGUCGUGUCAAAACUGCAGCAACACCAUGUAAAAUCUCCACCAUCUUCAUCCAAACACCAGCACCAACCACCACCACCACCAGCAGCAGCAGCAGCAGCAGAACCACCACCACCACCACCACGCCCGGAGCUCAGCCAGCAGGGCAGGGGGAAUGAUCCUGAGCUCACUGGGAGCCUGCUGCCUCAGCCCGGAGGCCAAAGAGGCUCGAAGGAUCAACGACGAGAUCGAGAGGCACCUCCGCCGGGAUAAGAAGGACUCCCUGCGGGAAUUCAAGCUCCUGCUGCUCGGAACUGGUGAGAGUGGAAAAAGUACUUUUAUCAAGCAGAUGAGGAUCAUCCAUGGCCGUGGAUACUCUGACGAGGACAGGAGAGGCUUCACCAGGCUGGUCUACCAGAACAUCCUCACAGCCAUGCAGACCAUGAUUCAGGCCAUGGCCAUGUUGAAGAUCCCAUACAAAUAUGAACACAACCAGGAAAAUGUUUCUGUUAUCAGCGCAGUGGAUGUGGACAAAGUGACAACAUUUACAACCCCAAUCGUGGACGCCAUCAAGAGUUUGUGGAGUGACUCGGGAAUUCAGGAAUGUUAUAAUCGGAAAAGGGAAUACCAGCUCUCGGACUCAACCAAAUACUAUCUAAAUGACUUUGACCGAAUCGCUGAUGCUGCUUAUCUGCCAACUCAGCAGGACAUCCUGAGGGUCAGGGUGCCCACAACUGGUAUUAUAGAGUACACAUUUGACAUGCAACAUGCAGUCUUCAGGAUGGUAGAUGUGGGAGGCCAGCGUUCUGAGAGGAGGAAGUGGAUUCACUGUUUUGAGAAAGUCACGUCUAUCAUAUUCCUGGUGGCACUCAGCGAGUAUGAUCAGGUGCUCAUCGAGUCGGACAAGGAGAACCGGAUGGAGGAGAGCAUGGCCUUGUUCCAGACAAUCAUAACCUACAAGUGGUUCAAAAAGACCUCCAUCAUCUUGUUUCUCAACAAGUUGGAUUUACUGAAGGAGAAAAUCAUGUAUUCACAUCUGGUCGACUACUUCCCCAAAUAUAAUGGUCCUAAGUGGGAUUACAAGGCGGGGAGAAAAUUCAUCUUAGACAUGUUUGUGAGUCUCAAUCCAAUACUGAAAAAGAUCAUAUACUCCCACUUCACCUGCGCCACAGACACAGACAACAUUCGCUUUGUCUUUCGAGCAGUGAAGGAUUACAUCUUGCACGAAAAUCUUAAAGAUUACAACUUGCUUUAAAGCAAAAAAAAACAAA